UGCGUUUCUGGCGCUGUUAUGUUUCCCGCUGUUUAUUAAACUAGUGUUUGUUCCACGUGGUAAUUAAACUUUGUUUCGUGUCUUUUUUGUUUUUAAAUUGACUCCAGGAAGAACAGGGAACAUCGCACCAUGGACUCGGAGAUCUUGAACAUAGAGGAGAUCGUGAUGGGACGGGGCUUGCCGGAUCCACCACCCGAGGCUCCCCCGGAAAAGCCGGCAGAACCAUACAAACCCAUCACUCUGAAUGGACCUCCGGCUCCCUCGGUUCAUUCCUACCAGCAUGAAAACCUGCAGUGCUUCCAAUGCUUCAUCACGUUCUGCAGUGCAAAAGCCAAGGAGAGACACAUGAAGAAGAGCCACCGGGAGGAAUACAAGCAGCAGCUUCAGCAGGGAAACACAUUGUUCACAUGCUACGUGUGCAACUGCACAUUUCUGUCAUCUGAGGAACUGACGCAGCAUCAGCCAACACACAGCAAGGAUGACAAGCCCUUCAAAUGUGUUCACUGCAAAGAGAGCUUUAAAACGUUCUCUGAACUCAGAUCCCAUAGAAGACAGGUGUGUCCAGAGAAACAGAUGGUUUGUAAAGAUUGCAAUGAAACGUUCCGUAGUGCCGGACUGCUGCGUGCUCAUCGCCUGACCCAGCAUCCACACCCAGAUGUCGAGACUACAGAACAGCCAGAGGAUUCUACAAAAACUCAUCGCUGUAAGAAGUGCGGCCAGGGAUUUGAAGCUGAAUCAGAGCUGAUGGCACACCAGGAGAAAUACCCCGAAGGUCAGCAGUGCAACGGCAGCACUUCAUCUGUCAAGAAACGCGGACGGCCUGCCAAGGCCAAAGACCCGGCAGGUGCUGAGAAAAAGGGAAAGCGGAAAAAGAAAGAGGAAGCAGACAUUAACGAGGAGACCGUGAAGGCCGGCAGCACAUCAGACGCGAUGGCAACCCCAGCGGAAGAAAAAGGGAAAGCAGGCGGAGCAAAGCGUGGCCGUCCCUCGAAGGUGACAGCAAAGUCAGAAACGGAAGAUAAAACUCCCGAGGACGAGAGUCAGGCUUCAGCAAAGGAGAAGAAACCUAAAGCAGAGCCGACCCCACCCCGUCAGCACCCGUGCCCCGAGUGCGACCUCACAUUCCCCCGCUCGAUUCAGCUCUGCGCUUACAAGAAGAAGAAGCAUGCCCCACGGAAAGCCCACCCCUGCGAAGAAUGUGAAGAGAGCUUUGCCCGUCCAGAGCAGCUGGAUGCCCAUAUUUCCCGGGCGCACGCCAAUGGCCGAUUUGCCUGUCCGACCUGCGGGGAGAGCUUUGGCCGAGAGCGCACAUUGAAAGCUAAUCAGCAAAGCCACCCAGAGGAAAAGCAUGAAAACACAAGUGGAAAAAGAUGA